GAGCAACGUUUGCAUAUCGUUAAGCUACGCGCUCUUUGUCUGACGGUGGCAACGAAGUCAAACCAGUGGCUGAAAUUUUUAUCUCGCUGUUCGAGCAAGAACUGUUUGGGAGUUGAAGAUUUCUAUUGGAGGGCUUUGCGAGGAAACAACAUAAGAAAGUUUACAGCUCAGGAAGGAGAAUUUUUCUCUUGAAUACAAGAGAUCUCUAAAGACGACUCUGAUAUAUAUUGACCGCUCGUGGCAGCUUAAAAGGAAACCUUGAAUGAAUUUGAUAGUGAACCAUAUCGUGCAGGGCCUGUUGUUACAGGAAGACAAGACACGGACGCUUGGAUUGUGACUCAAGUCAAAAGCUGUCAUUUGGGAGAUCGCCAGUGACUUGGCUUGAGGAUUCACGCAAGAUGAACGCUUCUCUGGUCGCUUUUGCUGUGCUUCUAUGCCUCAGUCGUUGUUUGGCAUUUGACUGUCCGAAACAGUGCAGUUGUGGGGAGACGAUCCGGUGCAAAGUGAAAGACUUGAGAAUCUUAAAGAAGAUUUUACCUACCAAUAUAACGCGACUUGAUCUCUCGUCAGAUGACAUCACAAAGAUUCCUCCAGGAACAUUUGAAAACUUUACUUCGCUGCGAUACCUAUCUCUCGCAAACAAUUCUAUCAGAUAUCUUUCGAGACAUUCCUUCAGAGGACUUCGCAAUCUUCGAGAAUUAAACCUGAAGGACAACGGGCAGCUGAUUAUAGACAAAGACGUGUUCGAAAGUCUUCCAUCUCUGCAAAUCAUCGGCGUGGAUAGCAAAAAUCUUCAAAAUCUCUCCGAGGAAUUUCGUAACAGGUCACACUCAGUCAACGUAACCAUCGAUAUAAAACAGGAAAAAGUCCAUUGCGAGAUCUACAAAAAGCCUACAGACGAGUGUAUGGCAAAUGAUUACCCCGUCUGCAAUGACGCUAUGGACAUCAGAGAAGAUGUCAUGAAGCUCUCUCCAUUUCCUAAACAUUCGUGCGUACUUGCAAGAUGCGAGAACAAACAGAAGAAGAUCAAAGUCAUUUGUGUAGCUUCUAAAACAAAUAACACAUGUUGGCCAGGGAUGAUUGGUGAAAACACUGGAGUAAAAUUGGCGUUAUGGACUUUCGGUCUUCUCGCAGUCGCCUCCAAUCUCCUCGUUUUGGGGACCUUGUUAUGCAACAGCGAAGUUCGCCGUGCACCUCUUUGUAUUUUCGUCAUGAAUUUACUGCUGGGGAACAUCCUUAUUGGUGCGCACAUUGUCAUAGUAACGGUAUCUGAUACGGUUACAUACGAGAACUCGUCCGAGUGCCAUAAAGAACGAUGGGAAGCCAAGCUUUGUGUGCCGCUGUUCAUCGUCAAGUACAUCGGGCUCAUAGUUAUUGUGCUUUCUCUUUUGCUGGUCACAGUGGAAAGAUUUCUCGUUGUCAUAAUCAAAUCUGCUCAUUAUAUUGAUACUUGCCGAGCUGUGGGCUAUGUGUUCGAGAGUUGGAUAUUUGCAACCAUAGCCACAGUUGUUCUGUGGACUAAAGCGGGAAACUGGGGCUAUCUUUGCUCUACAUUUGCCAGUGGAAAAUCCUUCACAGACAUAAACAGAGGAAUAAAUUUGACGCUUGUUAGUAUUUGCGUGGUACUUAUAUUCCUUCAUAUUUUUAUGAUUUGCCGAGCACCACGUAGAGAUCCUGUACUAUCAGCGACAACGGAUUAUAAAAACACUGUUCGCAUGUUCCUUCUUGUAUUAUCGACGUUUUUCGCCUGGGCAGUUCCGUACACGCUUAUUCUCUUCACAGUUCCUGCAAUAUUAACUGAAACAGUAGCUAUGCAAAGUAUGGCUAUUUCGCUUUCUUUAAACGCUUGCCUUCAUACAUUCCUGUAUUCAUUUGAUAACGAUCAUUUGGAAAAUCUGUACCGCGCUUUGUCCUGCCGAAAAGAACAGAAAGAAGAUGAGUUGGAAGCAGAUGAUAGUAAAGACAGAAAACGUGAUACAGAAAUGGGCCCUUUACCUUCAAAGAAAUCGCUAGAAUCUUUAUCCGUGGUAGAAGUUAAAAGCCCCAUCAACAAAGAAGCUUGUGUAAAAGUAUUACCUGUUACUGAAAUUAGACAAGAACCGGAGCAGCAAAGAAGAGGCUUUGAAUUCUCCAAGGCCGAAGGCGCAGUGAUAAUUACGAAUAAAUCUCCUACAAACUCUCGUCACGAAGAAGCUGUUGUUCUGUUACACUCAGCUCCGUCGUCUCCAAGCACUUUGACGAGGGUCGGCCGAGUGCAAGACGAAGGAGUGAGUGAUUGCGGUACGAUAUCCUCCGACACCAAUGUAACUUGGCUGAGCAGCGAAUGCCCCAGUAUGUCUCCAAGUUCACCAAAUGCACUUCUGAAAAUCAACGACGGAAACUCGACACUGUCGAGCGAUAUUUCAUCAAUUACUCCGUGCCCUCAACAUCCAAAGAAAAAAGGCAAUUCUAUGGAAAAAGACGCUAAAAGACAUCGUCUUUCUAAAGGAUGCGCGGGUUCUUCAUUGGACCAAUGCGAUGGCGACGACGUUAAAAGUGAAUCAACAAGAGAUGAAAAUCAAAACACGAAGAGAGAUCGACGAAUGAGCCCAGUGCGUGAUAUUAUUGUUCGUGUUCUAUCGCCUAAGCUGAAAAAGAGGCCGAAGACUCUCGAAUGCGUUCCGACGCACGACGAUUACUCCGCUGACCAUGUGGAGUGCGUCCAAGUGAGACUUGACCCAGCUCAUCGAUACAGCCUUGAGUGGGAUCCGACUGGCGUUCAAAUGAGGCUGAGUGUUAUUUCUCAAGAUUCAAAUGCAGAGGGGAAGAAAAGUGCCCCUUCACGACAGAAAACAGAACCAGAAUACGUUUAAGAAGUGCUCAUCGUGUGCAGAAGCCGGGCAAGUAACAAUCUAUCGAACUGUACACGUGAUAGAUUUAAAAUUGUGAUUCAUCAAUCAUUUUCGCUCGCGAACGGUUGACCGUGUUUAUCCUAGCUCAAACUAGGGAGUAUCCGGUGAUAUACCCCGAGUGAUAUUCCCUAAUUUGCAAACCUUACGUCCACCACGAUAAAAGUCUUCAUUCAAGAUGAAAGCGUGUAGCUGUUGUCACAUAAGAAAGGACAUGCGUUUUCGUUCACAAAGUCGAACGAGAGAACUCUCAGAAGUAGACAUCCCACACGCAGCAAACAGUAAGCUAUACGUUAACAUUUUUUUCCAGUGUGUUGCGAAAAUGUUUGAUGGAUAAUAGUCACAUUAGGCUUCAUUUGGCGCGAAAAGAUGCUCGUGCAUUUUUCUUUGGACAUUAAACAAACUGUUCGCAUCUCGGAAGAGAUGAUGUCCUCGGACAAAAACCCGAACAUAUUUUCGCCGUAAAUGGAAGCUAUUGUUUACAUAAACGCGCAUUCGGUUAAAAUUCAUCCAAAUUAUAAGUUAUAUUUAUAUCAAAAGUGUUUCUAGAGGACACGAAGUAAACAACAUAAAUUCUUAGCCAAGCGACGUUCAAAGUAUCGUUUAUCUCGUAGUAUAGUAGCGUUUAUCUCGAAUACUUGUUUUUGUAGUUAUUUGCGAAAAAAGGUUGAAGUUUUACGUUUUCGAUUGGUGCUUCAAUCCUCUACAAAUACUAAACAAAAAACCCCUCCUUUAAUAAAAUGGAUGCGACAACUUCAAAAUUUUCCCCCUGCUAACAUUGCUGAGGGGGAGAGAAGGGAAUAGGGAAUCAAAGAAGGCGAGUGAGGUUGUUUAAAAUUUGCAUUUAUUCAAAAUAUGUGCAAUUAGAGCCAGCGUUCAAGCAAUUUUGUCGAAGUUUGGAUAAUUUAUUCGAGUU